CCUGUUGCUCUAUUGGUUGGGGUUGCUACCCUCCUCCCUCCGUACGGACGCCGUGCUUCGGCUGGGGAGCGGAUCUCGCGGGCUCGGAGCUUCGGCGACCUGCUCGGCGCCAUGGCGUCCCAGGGUCGUCGGCGGAGGCCGCCCCGAAGGCCCGAGACGGUGGUACGAGGGGAGGCGGCCGAAACGGACUCGGAACUCUCUGCGUCCUCGUCCGAGGAGGAGGAGCUGUACCUGGGUCCCUCGGGCCCGACGCGCGGCCGCCCAACAGGACUACGGGUGGCUGGGGAAGCCGCAGAGACCGACUCGGACCCGGAGCCGGAACCUACGGCCGCGCCCAGGGACUUGCCUCCGCUUGUGGUGCAGCGGGAAACGGCCGGGGAGGCCUGGGGCGCGGAGGAGGCCCCGGCGCCCGCCCCCGCGCGCUCGCUGCUGCAGCUCCGGCUGGCCGAGAGCCAGGCGCGGCUGGACCACGAAAAAAAAAGCGUGCGCCUGGCGCGGGGGGACCUCUGCGCGCUGGCCGAGCGCCUGGACAUCGUGGCCAGCUGCCGCCUGCUGCCCGACAUCCGCGGCGUACCAGGAACUGAGCCUGAGCAAGACCCGGGACCGCGGGCCUAACCAUGACCCACUCCUCUCCUGACUCUGGGACCUGGUUCUGUAUCCUAUAUAUUCCCCCCACUUCCCGUCUUGAUGUCACCCUCAGGUCUAACUCCAACCCCUGGAUUAUGCAGUGUGUGGAGGCGGGGCGGAGGGGGUGAUGGUGCUCAGCCCCGCCCCUUGCUUCUGGUUCCUCCUGGUGGUCCUGCCCCUGCCCACUGAUUCCUAGCCUGUGUCUGAGGCUUGGCUUCAGCCCCUGGGUAAUUGGCCACUCCUUGAUCUGUCUCUAUCCUGGGGGCUCACUGUGCCCCAUCUUUCCUUGCGUUCUGCCUUCCCGAAUUUGGUUUCUGCUCCCAGGGGCUGAUGCUGCUUAUUCCCACGGGAGCCCCAGAAUCUGGCGCAGAUUCCCUAGCACGUUCCAUCACUCCUUAGCUCCACCUCUGGUCCCAGCUACAUUUCUGGAAUUUCAUCCCCUUAGGCUGAGCCCUUUUUCUGCUCCCCAGGCUUGGCCCUGGUUCUGUCUCCUGGUUCUAGUCCUUGCUCUGCCAUCUCCUGGCUUCUUUUCCUCCAGGCUUGGUCUCAUUUCCUGGGUCCAGUUGUACCCGUAGGAUUGGUUUUGACUAUUUUUGCUUUUCCCAUCCUGCUUAUACUACCUGCCUGAUUCUGGGCUCCGGAGGCCCCAUACGGGUUUCCUUCAUGAGGCCCAAGAUGGGGACCCCCUCCUGACCCAGGGGGUCCUCCUCCCCACUCUCCACGCCCAAGAUGGCAUCGCUCCAGACCCAAGUAGGUGUGUCCUCCACACCCUCCAGGCCAGGGUGGCACUCUGUGCCCAAGCUCCCGAUACAAGAUUGGCCUCUCUGACUCUCCAGGCAGUGGCAACAUUCAGUCACUUAGGGCCCAAUACAGCCUGCCCCGGCACUUUGGGCGCAAUGUGACACCACUGUGGAUGAGGACCACAGGCAUGGUGUUUGCUCAUUGUGUUGACUCCAGGAUGCUAAGAGGACUUAGAUUUCUGGCUCAGCUCAGGGUCUGGGGUCAGUUCCUUUUUUGUGCCCCUUCUCACCUGCUCCUUCUGGUCCCAGCUCUAGCCCCUCGGUCCCAUUCACAUUUAUUCCCCUCCCCAUUCUUUUAUCCCAACCUGAAGCUGAAAUCUGAGCCCCCAGGAUGGAGAGGUGGGGAAGCAUGCUCUAUGGCAGACUCAUUAAAAUGCAAAACAUUUACUGAUAUGGUCAGUUCCUCUUGUCUCCCCUGCUAAGGGCGGGGAUGCGGGUUAGUUGGUGACUUCACUGGGGGUGCAGCAGCCAGUCUGGGCCCUCACAGAGCUCACAGUCCCCUGGGGGAGACAGACAUUAAUAAAAUAUUCUCAUAAAUA